UGUUCUGUGGAAAUCCAAGACCUCACAGAGACAUUGAAAAGCCACUUCAGAGGACGCAGCACCUUCAGAGAGCUACACGUGUUCUGAGCUGGCUAUCUGGCGGGAUUAAGGCUUCUUUCACGGAGUUUAGGACAGAACAGCUUCGGUGAUGCAGUCCCACCCAGUGCUGAUCUUCUCGCUGGUCUUGGCAGUGCUGCCCGGCGCGGAGCCCGAGUCCUCCUACCAGGGCGCGCUGCCCCAUCCAAACAAAUACAACCCCAAUGAAUCGGAGCGGUGCGUGCAGCCGCCCAUCAGCGGGCUGAUCAGCCGCGGCAUGGGGCCCGUCAGCUCCACGGACGAGGUGCUGGAGUCCAGCCAGGAGGCCCUGCACGUCACGGAGCGCCGGUACCUGCGGCUGGACUGGUGCAAGACGCAGCCGCUGAAGCAGACGCUGCACGAAGACGGCUGCCUGAGCCGCACCAUCAUCAACCGCUUCUGCUACGGCCAGUGCAACUCCUUCUACAUCCCCAGGCACAUGUACGAGGACGGGAACGCCUUCCAGUCCUGCUCCGUGUGCAAGCCCAAAACCUUCAGCACCGUCACGUACACGCUGUUCUGCCCGGGACAGAUUCCCAGUACGCGGAGGAAACGGGUGCAGCGCGUAAAGCAGUGCCGCUGCACCACCGUCAACCUGGACUAGACUGCUGUAUACGCGGAGCGGAGGGAAUACAGGAGGGACUUUGCUCUUACAAAUAAGACAAUGCUUUGGACAGCGAGUAAGGAACUUACGGAAGAGUAUUAGGGCCAUGCAGGAGAAAAUAUAUUUGAGAGGGGAAGAUUUUUUUGUAUUGUGCACUUCGAGAAAAAGUCGAAAUGUCGAGAAAAAAGUCGAAAUGUUGAGAAAAAAGUCGAAAUGUUGGGAAAAAAGUCGAAAUUUCGUGAAUAAAGUUGAAAUUUUGUGGAAAAAAAGGUGAAAUUUCGACUUUUUCUUCUCGAAACUGUAUUUCAACAUUAUUCUCGAAAAGUCGAAAUGUCGAGAAAAAAGUCGAAAUGUCGAGAUUAAUGUUGAAAUACAAUUUCGAGAAAAAAGUCGAAAUGUCGAGAAAAAGUCGAAAUGUCGAGAUUAAUGUUGAAAUACAGUUUCGAGAAAAAAGUCGAAAUGUCGAGAAAAAAGUCGAAAUGUCGAGAUUAAUGUUGAAAUACAGUUUCGAGAAGAAAAAGUCGAAAUUUCGCCUUUUUUUCAAAAAAUUUCAACUUUAUUCACGAAAUUUUGACUUUUUUCCCAACAUUUCGACUUUUUUCUCAACAUUUCGACUUUUUUCUCGAAAUUGUACUUCAACAUUAAUCUCGACAUUUCGACUUUUUUCUCGACAAUUCGACUUUUUUCUCGAAGUGCAUGAUGAAAAAAAAAUCUUCCUCCUCUCCAAUAUUAUUUUUAUUUUUCUCCUGCCUGGCCCUAAUACUCUUCCGUAAGGAACUCAAUAGAGCCUUUAUUGUUAUUAUUUUAAUAAAUUAAAAACUGUAAUGAUCAAGGAAAUAGAUCCAUCCGUCUACCGUGUAGUAGACAUCAGUGGUUGAUUCAGGGGCCCUGCGCCCUCUGAGUCUUCACCUGCAGAUAUAAAUGUGUCAAAGUUACCACAAAUCCCGCAAAUUACCAUUCAUGCUUGUGUGAGCAGUUUUGGAUUUUGGUAGAUUCUUGUUUCAAACGUAGAAACACUUCGGGAUGGUUUGUGAUGUUUGUUGCAUGCAGGCUGAUGUGGGACUUGAGAUAAAACUUAAAAGGAUGCGUCUUCAGAAGUUGUUUCCACUGUGUGGGAUGUGAAGCUGAACAUUGCUGGUUUACUAUUUUAUAUAUGUCUAUAUGUUUUUUUUUCUAUUUUACAACCUGCACUGUUAAAUGCCACUUAAAUUUGAUGACUAUGUAUUAUUUGUGUAUCAAGCAUUUUAAUACAACUUGUAAUAAAAUAGCGUUCAACAUU